AUGGAAGUCGUAAAUCAGUUGGUGGCCCAGGGCCAGUUCAGAGUCAUCAAAGUCCCUCUGGGCUUCAUCAAGGUCCUACAGUGGUUUUUUGCAAUCUUUGCCUUCUCCACCUGCGGCAGUUACUCUGGAAUGUUCCGGAUGGCUGUGGAGUGUAAGAACCGCACAGACAGUGACCUGAGUAUCGAAGUGGAGUUUGAAUAUCCGUUCAGACUGCACCAGGUGUACUUCGAUGCCCCCACCUGCCAGGGAAAGACCACAGAGCGAUAUUUCCUGGUGGGAGAUUAUUCCUCUUCAGCUGAGUUCUUUGUGACGAUCGGAGUGUUCGCCUUCCUCUAUGCCACAGCUGCUCUCAGCGUUUAUGUUUUCUUCUAUGAAAAGUACAAAGAAAACAACAAAGGACCCCUCAUCGAUCUGGGAGUGACUGCAUUCUUCACCUUCAUGUGGCUGGUGUCCUCUGCAGCCUGGGCAAAGGGUUUGUCUGAUGUGAAAACUGCCACAGACCCAGAGAAGGUGGUGACUCUGAUCCAGGCCUGUGACACUGAAGGCAACCGCUGCAAAGAAGUGCACGACCCCGUCAUGUCCGGACUCAACACCUCUGUGGCUUUUGGCUUCAUAAACCUGGUGUUGUGGGCUGGAAACCUCUGGUUCGUGUUCAAGGAGACUGGAAUCAUUGCCCCAUUCAUGAGAGCUCCUCCUCCUGAGACCAAACCAGCCCCAGACGCAUACGGCCAACAGGGAGCGUAUGAGCAGGACCCCUAUGCCUCAGGACAGGGGGGCUACCAACCUGAUUACAACCAGGAUGCAGAAUGUGAGCCUAAUAUUUACACAGACAGAAGGCGUUGCACUGAAGAAGCAUCUUCAGGCCGCAGCCUGCUCUUCUCUCUGUUCUGUCAGUCGCUGAGGGUUUUGGGGGGGUGGGGUUUGGGGUUCGGGGUGUGGGAGGGGAAUGGGGAGGGCUUCCAGCGUGUGUGGUGUACGGCGGUGGUUUUCGGGGACGUGGUGCAUGGUGCUGUGUUUCUGCUCGUGUUGUAA